GAGCGGAGCACCGGGCGGGGGUGAGGGCGGAGUGGGGACCGAGUUAUGUCCAAGCACGUGUUUCUCACGGGACCCCCAGGGGUUGGAAAGACUACUUUGAUCCAGAAAGUCACUCAAGCUCUAAAAUCCUCAGGCGUUCCUAUUGAUGGAUUUUACACACAGGAAGUUAGAGAAGGUGGCAGGAGAACAGGAUUUGAUGUUGUCACUCUGUCUGGAAACCGAGGACCUUUAUCAAGAGUCAGUCCCAGUUCUGAUUCUUCUGCUUCAAGACGCGAGUACCGGGUUGGACAAUAUGUUGUAGACCUUGUUUCAUUUGAGCAGCUGGUUCUACCUAUGCUGAGAAAUGUAAACCAUGGUGGUGACACAGAGAAAAGAAUUUGUGUCAUAGAUGAGAUUGGUAAAAUGGAGCUCUUCAGCCAGGCUUUUAUUCAAGCUGUUCGUCAAACGCUGGCUGGCUCGGGGACUGUGGUGCUUGGAACUAUUCCAAUACCUAAGGGAAAGCCACUGGAUCUUGUUGAAGAAAUAAGAAGUAGGAAAGAUGUUAAAGUGUUCAAUGUUAGUAAGGAAAACAGAAACAGCAUUUUGCAAGACAUCUUGGCAGCUGUGGAAUCCUGCAGAAAAUGAAGACCUUUUCUGUCCUGUAAACACUAAAGCUUUCAUUUCAACAAAACAUUACAACAUUUAGUGGAUGGUUGAGAGUCUGUCCUUCCUGGUUUUGCCCCCUUGAGGCUUCACUGGAGCCUUCAGGGUAAGCAGAGUAAAGCUGGUAAUACUCUAAAAUGGGAUGGCAGGAUUGUAAUGUAUUCAGUUCACUGAAUUGAAGAAAAAUUGAACAGAUGUGUAGCUAACAUCCAGUUUUAAUCUGGGUGUUUGGAAGUUAGAUGGUCAGCUCUGAUCCAAGUUACAUGUGAGAACAACUAACUGUAAAAUCUGUUUAAGAUCUGAGUGUGUUCAGAUCGCUUCAAUAUCUGCAACAUAGCCCUGGUGCAACAGAACAGAACCCUUUCCAAAUGUAGAUGAGUCCUGCCUGGUUUAUGUAGGAGUGUAGCUCUUGGUGACCCAGCUUGGGUGUAUUCAGGUGUGUUUUAGCAUGGGUGCUGACAAAUCAGCAGGUAGAGGGAAUAAGCAGAUGUGCUCUCUCCUCCUACCCCUAGGCACCCCUGUCUGCAGUUGCAGUAUAAGGAGGGUUAUCCAGAGUUUCAAGGAAACGUCCUGUAGUCAUGAGUAACAUUUACAGAAUUCCAUUUUGGGAGGAAAAAUAGCCAAGUCUACCCUCUCUUACAUGGCCCAGACACUAACUGAUACGAGGUCUGCAUUUUGAAUUAAUUUUCAGUUUUCUGGUGGCAGUCCUGUCCUACACCCCCUUACAAAUAAUGUAUAUAAAAAUCUUCAAGUCCAUGAAGUUAAUGAAAUCUUGUGUUUUUCAAGUUGAGUUUAAGUUAUGAUUGACUUAAUACUGUAUUUGUCUGUAUUAAUUUUACAAUCUGUUAUGUUUAUUGAUACUUAUGUUUGUUUGGGCUUUUUUGCCUCAUUCAAUUCUGUACAUGCUUAAUGGUGAAAUAAGAAGUGUUUGAGAGUAUUUGACAAUGUGUUUCCCUGUGAGGACUGCAAAUGUGUUCAGCAAAAGUGCUGCCAGUUAAUCAGUUUUGCAUGUUUGAAAACAGAAUUCCCUCCUAGGUUCACACUAUUCAUUGUAAAAUUUAUGGUCAUCUCUGGCUGAAGAAAGUUGUUAAAAAUUUAGUUGUUUCUUAACUCUUUCUGUUCAGUUCAAUGACUGUUAAUUUGAGCAAACUAUUUAAAGGCAUCUUCAAGUACCAUUUUAUUGAUUUAUUUCUGUAAAACUGACACCCAGAGUUGUAUAGGGCUGGAUGGGGACAGGUAUUUUUACAGAUGCCCUGCAGACACCUCCUAGGAGCAUAGAGGGAAUGUCCUUUUUCUUUCCUGUAUGCAGAACAAGGGUCUGGUACAAGCAUUGCACCUCCACAGGUGGUAGGAAGUGCAUGCCAUGUUAAAUGAUGCCAUGGGCUCAUUGCCUCACUGCCUUGUUAGGACUGCCUGUCUGCCCAAAUCCAUGUAGAUGGUAGUACUUACUGUCUUCAUCAUGCUUGGGGAAAAGGAAAACUCCUGUUAGGGUCUCCACUUGGCAAUGUACAGCUUGUGGCUGCUGUUUGCAAAAUAAGGUUGUGCUCUAAAGGCACACUAAUCCCUUAAUUACUUCAGGCAUUCUACUCAGCCAAAACACCUUUUUAGAUGUGGAGGACUUGGGACCAAAGUAAACUCUGUCAGGGCUGUGUGCCAUAGGUUUUUGAACAGGAACCUCUCUGCACCUAAGUGUUGGAUGCCCUCCUGUUUCAAUGUUAAGUCUCUUAAGCUGUAAGAUAUGCUGCAAAAGAAUAGUUCUUUCAAUGAUUAAAGAGUUAUCCAAAAUCUAGCACAGUUUUAGUGGGACUGCUGUUGAGUCUUAAAUGAGGAGUGACCUUUAAAGCUAAUUUAAAAAUGGAGAGAUUUGACAUUGCUCUGGUAGAGGCCGAAGAGGGGAGUUCUGUUAGGAGUCAGUUUUCUGAAUUCUGGUUCAGCCAGUAUUGCUGAGAAAUCACUUAGAGUGGUUUUUAUUCCCCAUAAAUUAGAUAUAUUGCCCUGCAUGUAGUGCCAUGAUGCCUGCUGUAGUCCCAUCCUUUAGUACAGUGGGAAGAAAAAAAACACCAAACAAUUACAACAAGAAGUUUGGGGAACUUUUGCUCAGUGCCUAUAGUACUUUUAAUCCAUUGUCUCAUGGUUUUGUACUGAGGCUAGACAGUCACUAGAAAAUGCAGGUGGAUUUUUCUUUCUCUGGAACUCUGAGUGAAAUAUCAGCCCUUUUAAACUAAUGCAUAUUUUUGCUACUGACAUCAGUGUAUCUUGUUUUCUGCUACCUAUCUCAAGAUUGGUGAGUGUCAUUACUUUGUUGUCCUUUUUUUAAGCCUGUUUUCUCUCUGAGUUAGAGUGCUUUUCAAGAGAAAUAAAGAGAGGUUCUGUGAUCUGUGUUCAGCAGAAGGAUGCAGAUGACCUUAACAGUCAGGUCUGGCCUUUAAAUCUCAGAUGGUCCUGAAGAUACAAUUUGCCUGUUUCAAAUAAACAUAGAGUGAGUGAAAAA